GGGCGGUCCUCCGGGGCAGGCCGGGAAGCGGGCGGGAUCGCUGCCCCCUGGGGCCGGAGCCGGAGCCGGAGCCGGAGCCGGGGCCGGGGCGGCUGCAGCAUGGGGCCCGUGCCGCGGACCCUGGAGCUCUUCUACGACGUACUGUCCCCCUACUCCUGGCUGGGCUUCGAGGUCCUGUGCCGGUACAAGAACAUCUGGAACAUCAACCUGCAGUUGCGCCCCAGCCUCAUUGCAGGGAUCAUGAAAGACAGCGGAAACCAGCCACCAGCUCUACUUCCCCGCAAAGCCCAAUACCUGAGAAAUGACAUUAGACUCCUAGGACAGCAUGUCCAGGUUCCCAUGCAGUUCCCCAAGGAUUUCUUCUCUGUGAUCCUUGAAAAAGGAAGUUUAUCAGCCAUGAGAUUCCUCACUGCUGUGAACAUGGAACACCCAGAGAUGUUAGAGAAAGUGUCCAGGGAACUAUGGAUGCGUGUCUGGUCACGGGAUGAAGACAUCACAGAACCUCAGAGCAUCUUAGCCGCUGCAGAGAAGGCUGGCAUGUCUACAGAACAAGCCCAGGGACUUCUGGAAAAGAUUGUAACACCAAAGGUGAAAAACAAGCUCAAGGAGAACACUGAGGCAGCCUGCAAAUAUGGGGCCUUUGGGCUGCCAGUCACUGUGGCCCAUCUGGAUGGCCAAACCCACAUGCUAUUUGGCUCUGAUCGGAUGGAGUUGCUGGCACACCUGCUGGGAGAGAAGUGGAUGGGCCCGGUGCCUCCAGCUAUAAAUCCCAAACUUUAAGGAUAGCCAGGGGAAGCCUAUAGGGAUGAAAGCAGACCAUCUGCUUACCCUUCUUCCACCGUGUGACACAUCUCUUGGGGCCUGAUUUCUCUGAUAGAGGAUCCUCUGUGGCCCCAAGAGAUGCCAUGUAGGGGGCUUCCUGGUGCCCCAAAUUCUGCUCUUCCUCAGAAUAAAUAUUUCUGGGCCUGUGUC